CUAGCUGUUUCAUUCUGAACGGAUCAAUUGGUCGAGCACGAGGCUCAACUACGUACUUCUCAUCCAAGUCUUACCAAGAAGAGAACGCAAUGGAACCACACUUCGGAUGGCCUAAACAGGACGAAGUGUUCCGUGAGUUGCAGAAAAUCCGACGAAAAGAGGGCUACCAUGUAAUAUUUGAGACUCCAAGAACGGGCAAAAUUCUCCAGCCUUUCCCACAAGCAACUACCGGUUUUUAUGUCAGUCUACUCUUCUACCACGCUACAGACAAUCCCUCGAUGGACGUCAAAUACUUCAAUCAAAAGGAUGCCGGGAACUGCUACAUUAGUGCAGUAGUAAGCAACGGAAAGCGGCUGCGCUGCCUCUGUUCCAAGUCCCAAUCCGACACGAGAUCUGACAAACAAUCUGGCGGUCUUGUUCUGACGAAGGGCGAUUAUACUUUGUUGCAGUUUCACAUGAGCGGGAAUGAAGGCAGGAUCUUCAUGAACGCCUACAGCUUCCUCCUGCAUGUGUUCGACGACCGCCGGCUGGACUGCAUCCAAGUGGAUCUGUCAGAUACUGCUCCACUGCAGGAAUUCCACGUGACGCAGGAUAAUGUGGGCUUCCCCAGUCCAUACUUUCCCACGGACAGCUCAUUGCUGGCGCUUCCUGGUACUAUGGCAUAUGUACAAGUCGGAUCUGUUACGACUGUCACUGGAAGACCCGAUAGCUCCGGGGAUCCGGCCAGUGUCAAAUUGUCGAACCCGAACUUCGAGAGGACGCUGUAUCUGGGCUUCCCACCACAAGGACAGUUCAACAUCACCGUCAGGAUACUGGCCACUUCUGCGGUAUUGGACGCCAGCUUCGUGAAGAGACCCAGUGUACUAGAGAGUAGCGACUCAAUGAAGGAGACAGAUAUCUAUUUUCUCAACGUGGAAAUUCUGAAUAUGAUACAUGAGUGUGGCAUCGGCAAUGAUUGAGUUCCGAAACGGUCUGUUGUGCCUCUUUCUCAACGAGGGUGCAGUUGCUGGUGAGCUGCAUGGAAACAGCUCCGCCUGUGUGUGUGUUGUUCCAGUGCCAUUCUUUGCAUGGUUUCUGUCUUCUUGUUUAAGUUUUGUUUGGAUUGCAAAUAAAAUGCGAUGAAAAAUAAACACUCUACAUG